AUGUUGGGCCUUUGGAUCGCUCUUGGUCUCUGCAAGGUGGCAGAGGGUGCUGCGCUGAAUCUCACAGUGACGAGCACUUCCAGGAGCAACGGCAAUAUUGUCAGCUUCGAAGUCAACGGCGAGGCGUUGACUGUGCCCACCGCCCGCGGCGUCAACCUGGCCGUCCUCAACUUGGAUGGGUCUUUGGACUCUUUCCAAGUCUUUGACACUCACGCAGCAGGCUCGGAGGACCUCGUGGCUUUCGUUCAGGGACUGGACAGCGGCAGACUGGUGCUCAUGGGCGUGAGGGACGAAGCAUCAAGCAACAUGAGUGCGGCCGCCAAAGAUGCGAUCAGAUCAUGCGGCGCGAAUUUGAUUGACAGUUUGAGCUAUCGUGGCUCCUAUGCUCUCAUCGGUGUGAAGGAUGGAGCGGCAUUGGCUGAGCAGGCCUUUGCGGACGGUGGCCCCAUCGCCGUUGCGACCGCACUCUACAGUAACAUGAUCAGUCACAAUUUGACAGUGACAAGCACUUCCAGGAGCAAUGGCAACCUUGUGGAAUUUUCUAUUGAUGGCCACGUGCUGGACGUCCAGACCGACCGUGGCAUGAACGUCGCGGUGAUUCGGCUCGGUGGUGUCAUGGAUUCUUUCAACGUUUUCGACACUCAUGCCGAUGGAUCAGAGGAACUCGUUGCUCACAUCGCCGGCCUCAGCAGUGGCUCACUCGUCCUCGCUGGGGUGCGUGAUGAGGCCUCCAGCAACAUGAGUGCAGCAGCCAAAGACGCGAUGAGAAUGUGUGGGUCAACUUUGAUCGACAGCCUCAGCUAUCGCGGUUCGUAUGCCUUGGUUGGUAUCAAAGACGGCCCUGCCUUGGCUGAGCAGGCAUUUGUAGAUGGUGGGCCGAUCGCAGUGGCGACAGCGAUCUACAGUGCCGACAGCCUUCCAGUCAUUACCACAACCCCAACAACUACAACUACAACCACUACAACGACGACCACUUUGACUUCUUUGUGUGCUAUGCUGACGUGCCCUUCGGGCUUCGUCCUGAAACGUGGCAGUAUGUGGACUGUGAGGAGCGUGAAUGAAACGGACUGUUGUGGGACAGCAGCGAAAGACAUGGCAGAUGUCGGUGUGCGAUCUGCUGGCUUUGCGGAUGGCAAUGAAGCAAUUUUCUUCGCCAACGGCGUGAACUUCUACUCGGGGCCAAGUCGCGGCAUGACUGUGGUCACGGUGCGGCCGGAUGGGACUCGAAAAGACUCCGCAACCUUCGACACGAUGCGUGCCGGUUCCGAUGCGUUGGCUACAUACAUCGAUGCCAUCGAGGAUGGUACCAUGGUUCUGAUCGGUGCGCGUGACGAGGCCUCCAUCAAUCUUACAGACACUGCGAAAUCGGCGAUAAAGACAUGCGGUGCCACCAUGAUUGACGGUCUCUCGUUCAGAGGGGGCUAUGCACUGGUGGGUAUCAAAGGAGGACAAGCUCUGGCGGAGGACAUGAAGAGAACAAACGAAGGGCAUGCGGUUGCCGUUGCACAGAUGGAGGUGGUGAUCUCCGUGGAUGCAAACAAACCUGUUUGCGAUGCCAGUGUAGCAGUUCCGCCGGUGACAGGUUAUGUCUCUCAAGGCAAUCUCAACUUGGACGCAGGCUGCCGCUACAACCUCUAUGAAAAGGCGCAGGCAACCCAGUGCUUGCAAGGAAGCUGGAUUGUGAUGACUGGCUCAUCCAACACCUUGCUGGAGUUUGGGAAUCUGAUAAAUUUCCUCGCUCCCGAUGAGUACCAUGUCCAGCGAGACGGAGAGAUGAUUGGUGCUUCUGCAGUUGCAGAUGUCGUCAUCGAGAACGGACAAGUCACGCAUUGGGCUGUGAUCAGCAAUCAGCUUCCUGAGUGCAGGCAAGUCGACAUCUCGCUUGCGAAUCAAAACCGAGCAGCGUGCAAAACGGCCAUUGAAAACCUGCUGUCGUCAGCACCUCCAUACAGUGCCGGGGCGGUUCGAAUUACCAUGUUCAUCUCCUUCUUUUGGUAUCGGACUUCUUUGGCUAUAGAGGUGGUAAAUGAGGACACGCUAUGGAGCGCUGCCAAGGUGGCCGUGGUGACGCAAGUGGGGGCUUGGUACAAUGUUUGCAGCGUCACGAAGGAGGAUUAUUGCCCCAGGCAGGAACUCCUCGAUAUGGACAGGGAUCCCGCAAUCCAAGUCUUCAAGGACGAGAUGGAGGAGGUCUUCGUUCAGAUGGACAGCUUCUGCACAGGUAGCGGACGGGCUGCCGAACUUGGCUGUAAUGUGCAGACCAUUUCAUGGACCAAUGGCGUGCGUGACAACGAGAACUUCCAGGUCAUGAAUGCCUACAUCGAGCAGGCCAUGGCCGGCCGGCAAUCCUCGUCCUUUCGGCUCAUUGACUUCUUCAGACUGGGUGGUGCCAUGCCAGAGGAGGUCGUCAAUGGCCACGGCUCGCAGAUGCUGAAUCUUUGGGUGUGGACGGUGAUGUUCAACACCAUGUGCCCUGCCGAGCUGGCGGCCGAGGGUGCCUACGCCGUUUGGGAGGGAAACCUCUGCUCGGGCACCGAGGCGCGCUUUGAGAAUUGCCCCGAGUAUUACCCCAGCUGCUUGGAUGGCCCGCGGUGUGAGAAAUGGGAGUGCAUGAACAGCGUUCCCUGCACGUUGACGGCCGGAGAUCCUCCCAUGGCCGGGAAUACCGAAGGUCUUUGUGAUGACGCCGUUAAUAUCACCGGGUUUCUGACGGCCCCAGUUCUCAUGGACGAGCGAGUGGACUUGGAUGCAUGCCACAGAGGAAGCAUUCGGGUCCGCUUGUGGUGCUCGCAAGAUGUUGAAUGGCUUCUGCCGCUGAUCAGUGUCCUCGCAUUCCUGGGUGUUGUUGCUGUCCAAUAUGCUUGGGACAAAUAUGGUCCGAAAAAGGCCGAGCAAAGCAGCGCCAAGACACCCAAAAAAGCAGAGAAUGCUGAAGCGAAGGCAGAGGUGGCAUUGCCGAUGGCGAAAGUGGCGGAAGCCGACGGUGGUGCAGUGGCCAUUCAGGUUCAUGACGAACCUGAGCCGGUGCCAACAGACGCCUCGGCAGGCAGGUCGCAGUCUCGACCAGCUACCAAGGGCUCCGCUGAAUUGGUGGACAUCGCUGCGGACGCAUGUACACCAUCGGCGAAGAAAUCGAAAAGCCGUCAUUCCCUUACCGUCUCAGAGGCAGGUGCAGGCGAACUCACUGAUGUUGUAUCUGCAGUGCCUUCCAAAGCAUGCAAGAGCAACGUCGAUCUGGACGUAAAGUCAGAAGCAGCGGUGGAGCUCAGCAAAUCCAAGCGGAGUCAUGCUGCGGCAGCUGCGGAGGGUGCGAAUGUAGAGGAGACUCCGGUGAAGCCCUCGCCGACCCAGCCAGCAGAGGUCGCAGAGCAGAAGGUGACGGAGCCGGAGAAGGGGGAAGCACCUGCGUUGGCGCAGGACACGCUGGCUACAGCCAGACUCGCGAAGAUGCUGCAGACACGCAAGGCUGCCAACAAGUACCCGCUCGGCCUCGCACGCUUCAUGGGCUCGACCCACGUUGUACUGGGCCACCUCUUUGCGAAGGGGGUGACGGAGCCUAUAUACUUCUUUGGGUGGGGCUUCACUUGGGUACCUUGGUUCUUCAUGCUGUCUGGGUUCGUGCUUUUCUCUGCAUAUCUGAAGAACCCGAAGGAGGAGACCAUGAUUCAAUAUGUUCUGCGCAGAAGCACGACAAUCUACCCCUUGUAUGCAUUCUCCCUGAUCCCAGCCUUCAUCAUGCAGAAGAGCUUUGGCACCAUGUCUGCAGAAUGGCCGACUUUGCUGGCGCAGUCAUUCCUGCUUCAAGCUUGGUGGCCAACUUUCACAGAGAAUGCACUCCAGAUGCAUUGCUGGUUCCUGAGUUGUAUGGUCGUGUACUGGUUCUUCUUCAAGCCUUUGUCUUAUUGCCUCAAGAACAUCACCUUGCGCGCGACUGCCGCAUUGAUGGCCUUCUUCUUUUUCUUGCCGUGGCUUCUGGUGUUGAUUCCGGUGAUGGCAAAUCAGCCGGUGGAUUGGUACAAGGAACACACUUUCCUCAGCACCGACACAGCACUGAGCAUCGGCGUCGUGAUGCUAAAGUUCCACCCAGUUUGCUACUUCCAUGUCUUCAUCCUCGGCAUGUUGCUGGCCAAGCUCAGACAGCUUCUUGACAAGAAGGCUUUGGCUUGCGGUCAUGCUCCGGACUCCUUCCGAAACCCAUACCUCAUCGCCCUGCAGUUUGUGGCACCUCUGGGAUACCUUUUCCUGAUUCUCGUCUUCAGUGUGGAGGGUUUCCAGGCCAGGCUCUGGGGCUACAAGCUCUCCGCCCGCAUUUCGGUGCUCCUGCCCUUCCAAGCCAUGAUCUUGUUUGGCCUGGCCGGGCUGCCCAGUUUGCCGCUUCCCCUCUUCUCCUACGCCUUCUCGAAAUUGGACUUCCUGGAGAACUAUUCUUACGCCGUCUACGUUUUCCAGUUUCUCUGCCUCGCAGUGUGGCCUCAGGUUGGUCUCGUGAACAUUCCCCUGUUCCUGAUUUUCACCUAUGCAUCGGCAUUUUUCAUUGCACGAGCCAUUCAACAACCUAUUCAGAAGUGGUGGGCGUCCCAUACCAAAGCUCGUCUUGUCGUCCCGUUCAUCCUGGCCGCCUGCCUCGUCGGGUUCAGCUUCCUUCCGGAUCCCUCCGCAGAUGCACUCAUGCCAGAGAUCCCGGCUCAGCAAUAUAUUGAUGACCGCACCAAGGACAUGCGUCUCGAGUUGUCGGAUUCCGAAGGCCAGCAUCUUGGUGCAAUGAUCAUCAACCCGUCCCUCGCCAUCAGAGAUGGUGAGGUGUUCAUCGUUGCAAGGAGGCACAGACGCGAGACCACGCAGAGCAACGGCCGCUACAGCGGCCCUGAGGGCGAGGGAGAUGCGGUGUUCAUCAACCAGAUUUGGCAUUCCGAUGUGAUCAUCGGCAGCCGGGCCCUUGACAUGGAGAUCUGGAAGCAAUGGCCCACUGCCGGCCUCAGCCCUUUGGUGGGCACAUCGAUGCAGACUUGGAGCGGCCUGCGCACCUCCACAGGUGGCCGAUGGGAGGACCUGUGCAUCGCGGAAACCUGGAUCGCUAGCAACAACACGCUGAUUCGACAUGUCGUCACCGGUCCAGAAGAUCCCAAGGUGGUGAGUCAACGUGCCGGCGACAGUGGUCUGGCGCUUGCUUUCGACUCGAAGCCUCCCAACAACGGAGAUUCAUCAACGUGCCGAAAAAACAAUCAAGGCUUUGCGGAUGCCGUGACCCAGAUGUACCUGUCCACCGGAGUGAACCCUGUGGAGCCUGCCAUUCCGAACGCUGCGCACCGCCUAAGCUACGGACAAACCGACGUUGCUGAGAAGAACUGGAUUCCGUUCGUGUAUCAGGAGGCCGUAUACUUCAUCUAUACUCCACUUCCGCACGUUGUUCUGUCAUCACAGAGUGACGGACAAAGCGAGAAGGUAUUUAGCACAACUUUCCGUCCGCUGCAGCGAGUGGUACAGGAAAACCCCCACGUCAGGAUCCGAGGUUCCGCACAAGCUGUGUACGUGAACAACUCGCAGGCAACACCCAGUUUGGCACGGCCGCAUUAUUUGGCUCUGUUGCAUAUCUUCGACACUUCCACGGGUCGUUAUGCCCACCACGCGUACCGCUUCGGAGCAGAGCCGCCCUUCAUGAUGCUUCAGCUCUCAUCGAAAUUGCCUUUGACGGAAGCAGCUGCAACUCCAGGUGGUGUCCCGUUUGCUUUCGCAAGCGGCCUUGCCGUGCACAGCGGCACCGUGGUAAUCACAUACGGUGCAGGGGACCGUGAUGCCAGAGCUUUGGUAAUGACUCUCGACAGGCUUGACGAGAUGUUCGCGUGCUCUGCUUAUGCAGAUGACGCGUGA